AUGGCGUCUCCCUCGACAACUACAGAGACUUUGCCCGUGGUGACAGCCACAACGGCUCCCGCGAUGGGCCCGCCGACACUAGUGUCACUCCCGGUAGAGAUCAAGAACUGUAUUGCACACCAUAUCUCUUCAUUCGAGGACACAGAUCCACUCAUAGCCCGUCAGUCGCUGGCCAGCGCGCGGCUAAUAUGCCGAGGGUGGUCUGCACCACCGCUAAAAUACCUCUACCGGCACAUAUACGUUCCUCUCCCACUUGGUGCCAGAUGUCUGUGUCUAGCACGUCUCCUCGUUAUCGCCCAAUCCUCCCAUCUCGCUGACCAGGUGCGACACGUCACUGUCAUCACCACUGGCCACGCCAAGGGAGGUUGUCAGAAGUUCACUGAGACUUCUUAUGGCGCACAUGUUCACGACACUCGAAGCUCACCAGCAGCUCAGUACAGGGCAGACCGGAACUUCAACGCCCGCUUCUGGUCACAGCUUGAGGCCGCCAAACCUCCAGACCCCUGCGACUGUCCUGGUGUCACCCAAGCGGCCGGCGUCCUUGCGCAGGUGGCCUACGACAUCCAGGACGAGUGGUCCACUGUCAUACACGCCUUCCGUUACACCAUCUCUCGCUUUCCGCACUUGGACUCCCUCAACAUCUUCACUUUGAGCGCCUUCAGCCGCACCUACCCAACACAGCUUAUGUCCUUCCCAUGGGCUGCGCGAUGGAGCGAGGACAACGAUGCAAGAAUGGGACAUCUACUCAAUGCUGUACUGAUAUACCGCCGUCUGGAGCACCCGUUGACCAACAUUAGCAUAAACACGACGGAGUUUUCGUACGGCUGCCACCAAGGGAACCGCCUGAAUAACAUGUACUACUUCAAACGCAAUAUGGAGGUCCAUGCUCGCUCGCUGAGGAGACUCUGUCUGCGAUACCGUGGGGUAUCCAAUCGACGUUACGGGCUGGAUGACCCUGAAUCUAUAGUGCGUUGUUGCGUCAGGUUACUCAAUACACUAUUUUCGACGACCGCGGUGGAAUUGCCGAAUAUGCAGUGUCUCGAGUUGAGCCUGCUUGAGGAGGACGAUGUGGAGCAAGAGAAGGCUUCCCUGGCGCGUAAUCCACAGCGCGUCGUCAACAACGAUGCUCGGCCAGUCAUAACCGUACCCAAGCGCCGACGUGUGCCUCCAAGGGAGCACCUAGUGCCACUCAGCACGAUUUCCAGACACACAUUUCCCAACUUGCACACUUUGCAUCUUCACGGUUUCACCUGCGUGCAGGAAGGCAACGCCGCUGAGUUUCCUGACUUCUUGGAGCAAUGUCCCAAAUUGAAGGAUCUGAAACUGGGACUGCUACGCGUGGCGGAUGGGGUGACCUAG